UUCUCCAACCAUAAAUACCUACCUUCUGUCCUUCUUCGUGUUGUCUGCAUUUUUCAAAUGAAAUUCUAGGCUUUUCUUUCCUUUAGAGAGAGAGAGAGAGAGAGAGAGAGAGGUUUCUAUUACAUGGACUCUAUUUUGACAAUCAGCAAUGGAAAAUCCAUCAUUUCAGGGAAGAAAUCUCACGUUUCUUACAAAUUUUCAAGUUCAAUCUUUCUAAGGCUGAGAGGUUUCGAUAAAACGUGGAAGAAAAAUCGGGUUUCAAUAAAAUCCAGCGAUCCGUCUAUCGAUUUCAGCGAUCCUGGAUGGAAGACUAAAUAUCAGGAGGACUUUGAACUCCGAUUCGACAUUCCGCACCUCACAGACAUCUUCAAGGACGUUCGUCCCAUUCGUUCUACCUUUUGUCUCAAGAGCAGGAGUCCUGUAUCCGAAGAUUUCACGGAUGGUUAUCCAUUGGAUGAACGGUGGAAUGGAUAUGUGAAUAAUAAUGAUAGGGUUCUUCUUAAGGUCAUACACUUCUCCUCACCUGCGUCUGCUGGUGCAGAGUGCAUUGAUCCUGAUUGUACUUGGGUGGAGCAAUGGGUUCAUCGUGCUGGGCCUCGAGAGAGAAUAUACUUCAAACCAGAAGAAGUAAAUGCGGCAAUUGUAACUUGUGGAGGGCUUUGUCCUGGCCUUAAUGAUGUCAUUAGACAGAUAGUAAUCACGCUAGAGAUCUAUGGAGUAGAAAAGAUUGUGGGGAUCCCAUUUGGCUAUCGUGGGUUUUCCGACCAGACCAUACCUGAAAUGCCACUUUCUCGGAAAGUGGUUCAGAAUAUUCACCUUGGUGGUGGAAGCUUAUUAGGAGUUUCUCGUGGAGGUCCUAACGUUGGAGAAAUUGUAGACAGUAUGCAGGAAAGAGAAAUCAAUAUGCUAUUUGUCUUGGGUGGAAAUGGUACGCAUGCCGGUGCUAAUGAAAUUCACAAUGAGUGCCGCAGGAGAAGACUGAGAGUGGCCAUUGUUGGCGUGCCGAAAACUAUUGACAAUGACAUUCUACUGAUGGACAAGACCUUUGGUUUUGAUACUGCUGUAGAAGAAGCGCAGAGAGCAAUAAAUUCUGCCUACAUUGAGGCUCAUAGUGCCUUUCAUGGCAUUGGCAUCGUGAAACUGAUGGGCCGAAGUAGUGGAUUUUUAGCGAUGCAAGCAUCCUUAGCCAGUGGACAAGUUGAUAUAUGUCUGAUCCCAGAGGUACCUUUUAGGGUACAUGGCGAACACGGUGUUCUGAGGCAUCUAAGAUAUCUCAUUGAAACAAAGGGAUCCGCUGUAGUCUGUGUUGCCGAGGGAGCUGGCCAGGAUUUGUUAAAGAAGACUAAUGCUACAGAUGCGUCCGGAAAUAUUGUACUUGGAGAUAUUGGCGUGUAUACUCAACAGGAGACAAAGAAAUAUUUCAAGGAAAUUGGUGUUACAGCUGAUGUGAAGUAUAUUGACCCCACGUACAUGAUUCGGGCAUGCCGUGCAAAUGCAUCUGAUGGAAUUCUGUGCACCAUUCUAGGACAGAAUGCUGUUCAUGGUGCAUUUGCUGGAUACAGUGGCAUUACCGUGGGCAUUUGCAAUACUCAUUACGUCUACCUCCCAAUUCCUGAAGUCAUUUCCUACCCCAAGCGUGUGGACCCCAACAGCCGUAUGUGGCACCGUUGCCUGACUGCGACGGGCCAGCCAGAUUUCAUCUGAUCCAUGGAAACUGUCCAGAUUUUAAUCGAGCACCCGCCCUUUUCAACUCCCUCCUCCAGUUCGAAAUUUAAAUGUAUAGUAUUUGCAACUUGGCGAGUAUAUUUUUAAAAAAUAAAAAUAAGAGAGAAGCCAUUAAUUAUCUAGAGAUAAAUAAGCUCCAUGUCUCAUUUCACAUACUAUAUCUAUGUUGAUCACUCUUGCUAGAUCAACGGUCAUGUAACCAAUGCUGUAUUCGGCCCACUGAUAUGGACAUGCAGUGGACAGGACACUUAUUAUUUAGGCAAUGGGGAAUGAUUUGUCAGAUGCCAAAACAUCA